GGUUGGAUGGAUGUCGUCUUGACAAUAAUCACAUGCGCCGACACUGAUUCGGUUCCACCAUCCAACAUUGCUGUUGAAGAUUGUGAAAAACCCACCCAAUUGGGGCUCGUGAUUAUUCAAUUGUGAAGUCCCAGUGUUCCAGAAGAAGUGUCCUGUGACUGGCACACUGUGGAAUAAUCCUCUGACCAGUGAAAGUGAUGUAAAAAGUAAUUAGAAAAUUUAAGCGUGAAAAUCAAGGUAAUUCUGGAGAUUUGCCGGAGAAUUGAGAGUGAAAUUGUGAUGCAACUUGCCUAAUUCCAGUGCAAUGUCAUGGGUCAGCGACACCAAACUGCCCUGGUGGCAGAGAUUCGCAGUGAGUGUAGUGAAAGUGGGAAAAAUUCCAGAUCAUAUUGCCUUCAUUAUGGAUGGCAACAGGAGAUUUGCCAAAAAGAUUCAGGUGGAAAAGGCUGAAGGACACUCCCGGGGUUUCGAGAAACUCUCCAAUGUUCUCCAGUGGUGCCUGGAUCUGGGUGUAAAAGAGGUUACCGUGUAUGCAUUCAGUAUAGAAAAUUUUAAAAGGAGCAAAGAUGAAGUGGAUGCCCUCCUGAACCUGGCCAGUGACAAAUUUGAUAAGCUCAUCGAAGAGAAAGAUAAACUCAAUGAGAAUGGCAUUUGCAUCAGAAUCAUUGGGAAUUUAGAGAUGCUGCCAGUGAGUCUGCAGCAGAAGAUCGCAAGGGCUAUGCAUGUGACCAGAAUGAACAGUCGGGCAAUCCUAAACGUGGCAUUCGCCUAUACGAGCCGUGAUGAGAUCACACACUCUGUCAGGACAAUCACUGAGGGCGUCAAUGAGAGUAUUCUGGACCAAGAAGCCAUCACUGAUGAACUCAUCAAUAGAUGCUUACACACAAAACACAGCACCAAUCCCGAUCUGCUGAUUCGGACAUCCGGUGAAACAAGACUCAGUGACUUCCUCCUCUGGCAGGUAUCAUCAACAAUUCUCUACUUUACGAAAAUCCUGUGGCCAGAAAUCACAAUCUGGCACCUGCUGGGUGCAAUUAUCCAAUACCAGAGAUUCUACUACAGCAUGAAAAUACCCCAGAAAUUCCUCCAAACUCCCUCAGGGGCAGACACAUCCCAGAAAUCAUCCCGCGAGCAGAUUGAGCAUUUUGUGAGUGAUGUCGACAACAGACAUUGGAAACGUAUGCAGGAGCUCAUAGGUCAAUCCAAUUCAUCGCGUGUCGGCGAUGAUAACUCCACAGAAUUGAAUCAUAAUUUAUAGUAGAGAGAGAGACAGAGAAAGUAAGAAAAAAACAUAAAAUAAUGUGUACAUAAUAGAUAAGAAAAAAAACAUCUUGUCAAGUUCUAUAUUUUAUUUGAUAAUGCGAAAUUAUCAAUGGAAAAGCCACGAGAAAGAAGGAAACAUUCCACAAACUCAAACUGCAUAAAGAUUUAUUUGAUGUAAAAAAAAAACAUUACAGACUACGGGAAUUCUAGGGCGCGAUUGAUAGAACAAAUUUGCUUUUCUGAAUCAAUUUUCUUUUUUUUCUUGUGUAAAAUUGAGAUUCUCUUUAUAGAAAAAAGAAAUAAAAGAAAGGAAUGUGCAAAAGA